AUUGAACACAAGGAUUUUAUACCCAAAUCUGGCAUAUCCAGAAAUUUUGCUUUCAAUUUACGCGGAGAACAUUCAGCAAUAACACCGGCUAAGAGAACAGUCGAACACACCACAAAAGCCAGCACAGACUCCACGGCGAACAGAUGGCGCGCAGCCAAACUCCGUGAUGCCGUCGAUCUCGCCGGCGGAUUUACUAGUCUGCUCCGCCCGGUGCUCCACGAGGCGCGACCUCCGCCUCCUCCACGGCGCUCUCCUCCGUCGUCGACACCUCCUCCCGGCCGCCGACGCCGUCGCGGCGCUCGCCAAGCUCCUCCGCUUCGCCGCGGUUUCCCCCGCCGGCGACCUCCGCCAUGCCUCCGUGCUACUCUCCCUCCACCUCCCGCUCAUCUCCGCCGCUGCCUCCCACCUCGCCUUCUUCUACAACACCCUCAUGCGCGGCCUCGCAGCCUCCUCCUCGCCCGGCGCCGCCAUCGAGCUCUUCACGGCGAUGCGCCGCGCAGGCGCCGGCCCUGACGCCUUCACUUUCACCUUCGUCCUCAAGUCUUGCUCUCGCUCCCAUUCGCCGGGGCGGUUACCUUCCGACCUCCACGCCCAGGCGUUCAAGCACGGCUGCCUCGGCGCGCGCAGCGCGCACGCUCACGUCCACAACGCGUUGCUGCACGCGUAUGCUUCUCGGGCUGCCGUGGACGACGCGCGCAGGGUGUUUGACGAAAUGCCCAUCCGGGAUGUAGUCUCCUUCUCAGGGCUACUCACGGUUCACCUAAAAGCCAACGAUUUGGAUUCCGCGCGCGUGGUGUUCGACCAGAUGCCUCACCAGGACGUCGUCUCCUGGACUGCCAUGAUUUCUGCGUAUGCCAGGGCACGGCGUCCGCAGGAGGCCCUGGCGUUGUUUGAUGCAAUGCCGGUGCAGCCAGACGAGGUGACCAUGGUGAGCGUUGUGUCAGCGUGCACUGCACUUGGGGACCUUGCAACUGGGGAGCUUCUGCGGCAGUAUAUUGAUUCCAAUGGUUUUGGGUGGAUGAUUUCACUCCGCAAUGCACUCAUGGACAUGUAUGCAAAGUGUGGGUGCCUCCCCGCGGCACGUGCUUUGUUUGACGGGAUGCAAGUGAGGAGUUUGGCAUCUUGGAAUACACUUAUCUCGGCAUACGCAUCGCAUGGCGAUGUGGACAGCACAGUUGCUUUGUUUCAUCAGAUGCUGCUGGCUGAUGACAGUGCUGUGAAGCCAGAUGGGAUGACACUGCUCGCAGUGCUCACCGCGUACGCACACAAGGGCUGUGUUGAGGAGGGGCGCACCAUGUUCAAUGAGAUGCAAAGAGGAAAUUAUGGCAAAGUGGAGGUCACAAUUGAGCACUACGGGUGCAUGGUGGACUUGCUCGGCCGGGCGGGGCGACUUGAGGAGGCGGACAAGAUGAUAGAGCAAAUGCCAAUUCUGAGCAAUGAUGUGGUCUGGGGUGUGUUACUAGGUUCAUGCCGGAGACAUGGGAAUAUUGAUAUGGCAGAGAAGGCAGUACAGAAACUAAGGAGCCUAAAUCAAGAUGAAGGUGGGUACUAUAUUUUGCUCAGUGACAUGUACACCGCCGCCGGCCGUACAGCAGAGGCAAUAGAGAUUAGACGGGCCAUGAAUGAGCGCGGGGCCAAGAAGACUACAGGCCGGAGCAGCUGCAGUACUGUCCAUCAGGCUCAAAAAUAGAUUUUUUUAGAAAAAAAGACGGCACGAUGGUUGCCAAUUUUAUUAGAGAAGAAAAGGCAGAUACAAAACAAAUGUUUAUAGUAGCGGGAGGCACAACAUGCCUAUCCUGGCCACAUCGGCCAGAAACAAAUCCAUAUAAAAACAAUAUGCUGCUACUAUAGUGUGGAUCAAAUUGGUAAUGCUCUUUGAAAUU